UGUAGAUGUCGAGCUCUAUCCUUAUCUGAACUGCCAACAUUUUUUUAUGCAUUUCAUUGUCUUUUUCAUCCAAUAAGAAUAAGAAUACACAUAUAUAAAUGCCAUACUGUUACAGAAUGGUACCAAUAAUCCAUCAUCAAUUCAACUAUCAUCAUCAUGAUGCAUAGGAUCAACAAGACAAGCUCCAUUUUCUCCACACUUUUCAGAACCAAGUUUCAGUCUCAGCGUGCUGCUUUCUCCUCCUCCUCCUCUUUCCUCUUCGAUGAAACCCAGAUACAGUUUAAAGAGAGUGUUGCUCAGUUUGCAACUGAGAAUAUUGCCCCUCAUGCUUCAAAAAUAGACCACACUAAUUAUUUCCCUAAGGAGGUUAACUUAUGGAAAAGCAUGGGGGAGUUUAAUCUCCAUGGGAUUACUGCACCAGAGGAGUAUGGAGGGCUAGGUCUAGGUUACUUGUAUCAUUGUAUAGCAAUGGAAGAGAUUAGCCGUGCUUCAGCAUCUGUUGGCCUUUCUUAUGGUGCUCAUUCUAACCUGUGUCUCAAUCAGCUGGUGAGGAAUGGAAGCCCUGAUCAGAAACAGAAAUACUUGCCAAAGCUUAUCUCCGGGGACCAUGUCGGAGCUUUGGCAAUGAGUGAGCCCAAUUCUGGUUCUGAUGUUGUCAGUAUGAAAUGCAAGGCUGAUCGUGUUGAUGGGGGCUAUGUACUUAAUGGGAACAAGAUGUGGUGUACUAAUGGGCCAGUUGCUCAAACAUUAGUUAUCUAUGCAAAAACAGACAUAACAGCUGGGUCAAAAGGAAUCACUGCAUUCAUCAUUGAGAAGGGAAUGCCUGGAUUCAGUACUGCCCAGAAAUUGGAUAAACUUGGGAUGCGAGGAAGUGAUACAUGUGAGCUUGUCUUUGAGAAUUGCUUUGUUCCAGAAGAAAAUGUUCUUGGGAAAGAAGGGAAAGGAGUGUAUGUAAUGAUGUCUGGACUGGAUUUAGAAAGGCUUGUUUUGGCUGCUGGUCCCCUGGGUAUUAUGCAGGCAUGUCUUGAUGUUGCCCUUCCUUAUGUUCGACAAAGAGAGCAGUUUGGUCGUCCUAUUGGGGAGUUUCAGUUUAUACAGGGGAAAGUAGCUGACAUGUAUACUUCUUUACAGUCCUCAAGGUCUUAUGUGUAUGCUGUAGCUCGGGACUGUGACAAUGGAAAAGUUGAUCCAAAGGAUUGUGCUGGAGCUAUACUUUGUGCAGCUGAAAGAGCAACCCAGGUUGCUUUGCAGGCCAUACAAUGUUUAGGUGGGAAUGGCUAUGUGAAUGAGUAUCCAACUGGUCGUCUCCUGAGAGAUGCUAAACUCUACGAGAUUGGGGCAGGAACUAGUGAGAUAAGAAGAAUGAUUAUUGGACGUGAGCUCUUCAAGGAACAAUGACAUGCCACACACUACAUUCUAGUCUAGUCCUUUGGAUUUUGGAUGGCAUUGAGCGCCUUGGAGAAAAUACCUCUGCAGAUGUAUGUAAAAAGUAAUUUUCAUUCAUCAAACAAGAACUACAGUCAUGGGAACUGAUCAUUAAUGCAAGUAGGAAAAGCUUCCAUGUUACAUUUCUAUAUACUUUUGCUGUGAAAAUCUUCAAAGCAAUCUAUUCCUCUCGGAAAACAAUGCCGGAAAAAAAUGUUCAGGUCUAAA